AUGUUCCAAAGCCCUGGUAAGACAAUUAAGGAGGAAAGUAGACCCAAAGAUAAACCAAGUAACUCGAAAGAGAAAGAGGACAAGGAAGGCGAGACGGAGGAAAAAGAAGCGCCAUACGUACCUCCACCACCCUAUAAACCACCUCUCCCGUACCCUCAAAGAUUCGAAAAAUCUAAAAGCAUAGGGCAUUUUAAGAAAUUUGUAGAAAUUCUUAAACAAUUGAACAUUACAAUUCCUUUUACAUUAGCUAUUACACAAAUACCCUCAUAUGCUAAGUUCCUAAAAGAAAUCCUAUCGAAUAAGAAGAAAAUAGAAGACAAUGAGACCGUAACAUGGGAGAAUUUGUCACCUAAGCUGAAAGACUCAGGAAGUUUCUCCAUACCCUGCAAUAUAGAAAAAUUUGUCAUAGACAAAGCUCUGUACAACUUAGGAGCUAGUAUUAGCCUAAUGCCUUUGUCCAUUUGCGAGAAACUUAACAUGGGAGACCUUAGACCAACCAAGAUGUCAGUAGAACUUGCAGACCGUUCCGUUAAGUAUCCUAUAGGUGUUCUUGAAAACAUACCCGUCUGCAUCGGACAAUUCUACAUCCCUACGGAUUUCAUAAUUAUGGACAUAAAGGAAGACGUCAAUACCCCUAUAAUCUUAGGAAGACCGUUUCUAGCUACCGUUGGAGCUAUUAUAGACGUAAAGAAAGGCAAAUUGACAUUCGAAGUAGGUGAGGAGAAGGUCGAGUUUAUUCUAACACAAUUCCUUCAAGCCCCAGCUAUAGAAGAUACAUGCUAUCUGGUGGAUGUUAUUGAUGAAUGUCUAAGAGAGAUAGGAUUAUCAGAAGAAUCUUACUCUGAAGUUAUAAAGAAGAGUCAACGCAGAGACUGA